AUGUAUUCCAAUAUAAUUAUACCAAGACAAUGGGCAAGAUUAGCACAUUUUUAUCGAUCAGUGUCCUCUGUAGAAGGCCAAAAACUUCCUGAGAUAGGUAAAUCCAGUGAUGGUAUUUCUCCACCGCCAAGAAUACGAAGAGGUCCGACUGAUAUUUUACAAGCAUUAGCGGCUACAAUCGGGAAUGAUCCUACCGCAGCUCAUUACAAGUAUCACGAUGAUCCAUUCCUCAUUCCUCUAUCAAAUUAUCGAAAACGAGCGUAUGCAUUAUCUGCGGAAGCUGGUCGAAAGGCAGCAGCUUGGAUUAGAGAUGAACAUGCAGAUCUAUUUACUACAAGAGAAUGGGACCCUCCUAUGAAAAUGAAAACUCCAUAUUUUAAUGCUGAUCCACAAAUUGAAAUAUUUGCACCUAAACCCAUUUAUAACGAUGAGAGCAAGGUUACUGAGGAAGACUUGAAAUAUACAAUAGAAAAUGCUUUAAUAGAAGAUUCAAUUAAAGUAUUUGAACUACUUGGUGGAGCUGAUAAUGUAAAUAAUGAUUUAAAAAUGUCGUUAUUGCAACUGUUGUGUUUUUACAAUGAAAAAGAACCAAUUGCCAUGGAAUGGGUUGAAGAGAGAUGGUUUGCUGGAGCAACAAAAGAAAGACACUCAGCUACAUGGAAGCUUGGAGGUUUAGCUGAUAAACUCUUUACAGCAAUGGAACCAAAAACACCUGAGGCAUAUUGCGCUGUUAUAAAGGGCAUGGCCAAAUAUUUCCAGGCAGAAAGAGCUCAUGUAUUAGCACAAGAAGCGAAGGAAAAUGGUGUACCUCUAUCGACAAGUGUGUACAAUGCGUUAAUAGGAUGUGUAGGGUUUUUGAAGGAAGGUGCUUCGCUGCGCAUUGAAGCUUUGAAGGGUUUGUUGGUCGAAAUGAAUGAACAGGGUUUAACACCUGAUACAGGCACUUUAAACAUAUGCCUGAAGUCAUUAUCAGUGUGGGGAAGCGGGAAGGCCCUCCAAAGCUUUGCAUUACAACUUGUGGCCGAGUUCAAACAACUAGGCAUUGAACCAAGCCUUUCUGCUUACUAUUACUUAUUAUGUUUAUUCUGCAAAGAACAGGGACCUCGGACCGACAUCCUGUCUGGUAUAUUAGAUGAUUUAGAAUCCAGAGAGGCAUUAAAAGCCACUGAUGCAAUGGAUACAAACUUCUUUAUUACUGCAAUGGGAGUGUGCAGCGAUCACUUACAAAACAUAAACUUAGCAGAACGAGUCCAUGCUUUACUUAUGAAGGAUGAUAACUAUAAGUUAGUGGGGGAUGCUUACAAAGAGAGUAUUUACUACAGACAUUAUGUUACUAUCACCUGCCGAUACGCGCCGUUCGAAAGAACAUUAGAGUUACUGGAUAUGUUGGUACCCAACAUUUAUGUACCUGAACCAUCUGUCAUGGAAGAGAUAAUAAAGACGCUAGAAGUGGGCGGCGCGGGCGAGCGCCUGGCGCUGGCGUGGUCGCAGCUGGUGGUGUUCGGGCUCGCCAAGCGCACGCGCCUGCUGGAGCAGCUGCUCGCCGCGCUGUGCUCCUGCUACCCCGGCCAAGACGAUGAAGUGAAAGAGAAAAUCCGUAACGUCGCAGCCGACAUGUUGAAGUUUGGUCAACUCACAGAAGAACGCGAAGAAACAGAAGGCCGCAGAUCUCCUACACAGAAGUUGUCGGCGUCGGCCCUCGCCAACAUAAUCGAGCUGUGCUCGGACAGCUCGGACAAGGCGGCGCCGGCGUGGGCCGCGGUGCAGGAGGCGCUGGCGCGGCUGCGCGGCGCGCGCGCGCCCGGCGUGCCCGCGCGCCCCGCCGCGCUGGCCGCCGCCGCGCGCCGCGCCGCCGCCGCCGGCCUGCCGGGGCUCGCCGCGAUCGCAGUCACAUACUUAGCAGAGAGCGGAUUCGAAGAAGCGUUAUCGGCUAGUGUAGAGACGUUAGGUGUGAUGUUAAACCGGACUAAUGAAGAGGUGCAGAACCUUCUAGAAGAAAACAAAACCUCCCUCGCAACAUCACUCCAUCCUUCGGCUUUGGCUGUGGCUCAAGCGUAUCAGAUAGCUAAAACCGGAGCACCAUUACAAGAUUCUGAUUCGUCCACAAGUUCAGAAAGCGGUAGUGAAUCCUCAGAUGACGAC